AUGGCGGCGCAAGCGAGACUCACGGAUCAUAACGUCCAUGAUACGGAUGUUGAGAGCAAUCAUGGGAUUGAGAGGGAUGAGGGGCCGACGGAGCAGUCGCCUUUGCUGCCAAGUGGCACGCAGGGAGAUGAUGAGCCGUCCAAGUCGUUGAGACGACGCGCUUUGGCUAUGGGCAUGCUGGCUCUUCUCAUGGUCGAAGUGAGCCAGUUCAUCAUGAACCCUCCGACCAAGAAGAUCACUGAGGAUAUCAUCUGCCGACAGCACUACCCUGAUCAUUUAAUCGGUGCAUUUGAUACAGAUGACUAUCGCUGUAAAGAUACUCCAGUUCAGAAGACGUUGGCUAUGGUCCAGGGAUGGGGCCAGGCCUUGGAGAUGGGAGUCCUGUCGUUCCCAAACGUCUUUUCAAUCUGGGCUAUCCUCGGCGGAGAUAUCUUCCUCCUCAUCGGCGGCGGAGGACAAAUGGCUGUUGCAAUGGUCUACACCAUCGUCGCCGACGUCGUCCCCGUCUCGGAACGAACAGACAUGUUCUUCCGCCUCGUCGCCCUGGUCCUAAUCUUCAACGUCAUCUUUAACCCCAUAUCCGCAUGGCUACUUCAAUUCGACCCCUGGUUAUCCAUGUGGAUUGGCUUUGGCUUCAUGGUCUUUGGGACGAUGUGCAUUCUCCUCAUCCCUGAGACGAUGCAUCUUCGACGCAAGGAUGAUAAGAGACAUAAUGAAGAGCAUGAAAAUGAGCAGCUUCAUGGUGUUUCUUUGAGGAAGCAUAAUGUGUUGAAACAGGUUUGGUUCAGCAUUCAGAACGACAUGCAGCAUGUUUGGCGGUUUAUCGUUGCGGACAAGAGUAUUAUGAUGCUCAUGCUUGCAAUUGCGUUCUUCUUUCCUGUCAGAACUGUACUUACGGGAGUGCUGUUGCAAUAUAUGAGCAAACGCUUCGAUUGGUCAUGGUCCAAGGCAACAUAUAUCUCGACAAUUGGAAUCGUAGCGACAGUAGUGUGCUACCUGAUAAUUCUCCCUGUGGCAUCCGACUUCCUCAACAAGAGUCGUCGCUACAAAUCACGCCCCGUUGCAAGAGAUUUACUCCUUGCGCGCAUCACCAUCACUAUCAUGGCAGCCGGAUGUUUGCUGAUGGGCGUUGCUUCAGUCCCAUGGCUAUUUGUAAUUUCUCUCAUCACCGUCAGCAUUGGCAACUCUUUCGUGGCACUCAGCAGAGCAUUGAUUAAUGCUCUGGUUGAGCCGCAUACCAUUGCUACCUUGAACACUACCAUUUCUCUUAUUGAAGUCAUCAUGGGGUUGACUGCGCCCGCAAUGAGCUGGCUCUUGGGUCGCGGUUUUGAGUUGGGUGGUCAGUGGAUGGGAUUGCCAUUCAUGGUAACCAGUCUUAUGGCUAUAGCGACAGCUGUGAUGCUGUUGAUAGUGAAGCUACCUGCUUCUGGUAUUGCGCAAGCUCGCGAGGGUUGA